CGAUUACGUAAUCACCGGAAGAGACGUCACAUAUCCCACAAUCCUGUGCUCCUUCCCUAGUAGUGAACAAAAAUGGCGUCGAGGGCACCAGCUGCGACCAGCAGGCUCUUGGUGGGCUUCAGGAAGUGGUACUACAAUGCAUGCGGUUUCAACAAACUUGGCUUGAUGCGGGAUGAUACCAUCAUUGAGGACAGUGAUGUGAAAGAAGCCAUUCGUCGGCUCCCAGAACAAGUUUACAAUGACCGAAUGUUCCGCGUCAAGAGAGCUCUUGAUCUUUCAAUGAAACAACAGAUUCUUCCCAAGGACCAGUGGACUAAAUAUGAGGAGGAAGUGCAUUACCUUGAGCCCUAUCUGGAGGAGGUUGUUCGUGAAAGGAAAGAAAAAGAAGAAUGGGCAAAGAAGUAGAAUGAGUGUGACGAGACUAAAGCUCCUUUAUGGAGUGAUGUCUGGUGUUGUAUUUAAGAUAAAAUGUAUUAUGUGAUGAGUACCUAUACUUAUUAAAAUUUUCUUUCUAAUAGAAGUCUU